GAGCAGGUACUGAUGCCAAUGUGUCCUUGAUCCUGUUUGGGGAGAACAGGGACAGCGGGACCCUGGCUCUGAAGGAGUCCAAGUCUAAAAAGUUUGAGAGGAACCAGAUGGACAAAUUCAACUUCUCUGACAUGCUGAGCCUGGGAGAUCUCUGCAAAGUGUGGAUCUGGCACAACAACAAAGGAAUCACACCAAGUUGGCACUCGGAAUAUAUUGACGUUACGGACUCUGCCAUGGACAAGACAUUUCACUUCCAGUGUGAUCGCUGGCUGGCUAAAGGGGAAGACGAUGGGCAGCUCAUAAGGGAACUGGCUUGUGCCAAUAAUGACAUCCUGGAACUGAAGGAACGGACCACCUAUGAGAUUGUCACAGUAACAAGCGACAGAGAGGAUGCAGAAACGAAGGAAAUCAUCUGGAUCAUCUUAGAAGGAAAGAUGGGCCACUCGAAAGAAUUUCUUUUGGAAAACUCCAAGAAAAGGAGAUUUGAAAAGGGAGCAACAGACACAUUUCAGUUUUCUUCAAAGAAUGUUGGUGAUAUUGCAGCCAUCUGUGUUGGUCACUGCCCAAAAGAUGGGAAGAAGUCAUCUACAAAAGCUGAUGUCUUCUGGCAUGUCCAAGAGAUUAUCGUAAUGGAGAUGGAGCUUUGCAACAAAUAUUAUUUCAGGUGCAAUGUGAAAAUCCCUCUGUGUUACAAGAGAGGAGACUAUAAAGUCUUUGAGCGUGCCAAGGUCACCAAGAGCUUUGCCAGCAAAACCCAGAGCUUGGUGCCAGUCAAAUACGAGACCAUCGUGGUCACAGGCUUUGAAAAGGGCGCAGGGACUGACGCUAAUGUGUUCAUCACCAUCUUCAGGUUGAACGGGGACUUGGGAAGGUGGGUGCUGAAAUGGAAGUUCAGGAACCUCUUUGAGCAGGGCAAAAUGAACAGGUUUUACCUGGAAAUGCUGGACACGGGGCUAAAAAAAGUCCGUCAUGAGCACGACAACAGCAGUCUGGCACCAGGGUGGCUGGUGGAGCGGUUGGAGAUCACCAACUCAGCACCUGGCAUGACCACCAUAUUUCCCUGUGGGAAGUGGCUGGAUGAAAACUGGUAUGAUGGGUUAAUCUGGAGGGAGCUCUUUCCUAGGAACUGA